UCACGCAGGUAGCUAGGCAGAAAGGUGAAGACGAGGACGUGCAUUGGUUGGCUGCUUUUGAACCGAACGUCUGAAGCCGCUCGGCAGGAAGUUCCUCCACGCAGGAACCAGAAAGUCCGGUCGAUGCGGCGGGGCGAUUAUUUCAUAUCCCACCUACAGGACGACGACGGCUGGCACGCGGCUGCAGGUGCGGGACACGCCGGAAAGUCACGCGCAAUGAGCCAAAUUUCGAGAAUGUUCAAGGGGGGCUCCGGCUCGAGCUCCUCCAAAUCCAAACACCGCCGACCGCGGGCCGGACCCUCCCCCCAAGAGGCCAUUCACCGGCUGCGGGAGACGGAGGAGAUGCUGACGAAGAAACAGGAAUACCUGGAGAAGAAGAUAGAGCAAGAGAUAAUGACGGCCAAGAGGCACGGCACGAAGAACAAACGAGCUGCCCUGCAGGCCCUGAAGAGGAAGAAACGCUUUGAGCAGCAACUCACCCAGAUUGAUGGCACCCUGUCCACCAUCGAGUUCCAGAGAGAGGCAUUGGAAAAUUCUCACACAAACACAGAGGUUCUGAAGAACAUGGGCUUUGCUGCCAAGGCCAUCAAAGGAGUCCACCAAAACAUGGACUUGGAUAAAAUCGACUCUCUAAUGCAGGACAUCACCGACCAACAGGAGGUGGCCCAGGAGAUCUGUAACGCUAUCUCCCAACCUUUCGGCGAGACAUUUGAUGAGGAUGAGCUGUUGGCGGAGCUGGCAGAGUUGGAACAGGAAGAUCUGGAGGAGAGCAUGAAGAACAUGGGCCGACUACCUAGUGCGCCCACCUCCAAACUCCCUUCAGCGCGGCCCAGCCAGCGCGCAACAUCGAAGAAGUUUGAAGAUGACGACGACAUGAAGAUGUUGGCAUCUUGGGGCAUUUAAGCUCAGCAACACAGCAUUUUGAAGGAGGAUACAAUUAAGCUCAUCCACAGAUACUAUGUUAAGAUUUUUAUUUGUAACAUUAUCAUUAAUUAUUUUUUAUAGGGAAUAUGAAGUGCUUUACAGUGUUUUUAUAUGCUAAGCUUUUUCUAUAUAAAUUUAAACUGCUGCUGCUUGCCUUGUGUGGUCUGUCUUUUGAAAUUUUAAAUGAAGUAUUCAACGUUAUAGAUCUAUUUCUCCUUUUUUUUCAAGCGACAUUCUUAUUCAGCAGUAGAUUCAAGAGGAAUGUAUUGCUUCUGUAUAGCCUCAAUGAAGUAAUUAACGGAAUACAAUUGUUUGUAACAUGUAGAUUAUUUACUUGUUACGUGUGUACGUAAACGUAAGAUUUUUGCUGAAGCAUUGCCAAAUAAAAUCAUUC